AUGGAAACGCUUGUUACUCCCACAAGAAUACAACCUUUUUGUUCAUCAAGUCCUUUGCCAAAAACAAUACCCCAUCAAAGUUUUGCUGUUCCAUGGACUAGAUUAAGCUUCAAACUCAGAGAGAAGCCUGAUCAAGGUCUAUAUUUGUCCCGAAGAUUGAAUCUUGGGGUGGCAGCUAGAUGUGGUCAUUGCGGUUCGGCUGAUUCCUUGGCAGAGUUGGGAAGGGAUUUGGAGGCUGAAAUGAACCCAGAAGGGAAAGAUGAUUGGAUUGUGGAAAUGGGAAAGUUGAGAGAGAAAUGUAAAGAAAGGAAAGGAAUGGUGGAGCUGUUAGACUGCUUGGAGAGAGAAGCAAUCAUGGGAGAUGAUGAGGGAAGAGAACCUACUGAUUACAACAGAAGAGCUCAAAUUUUUGACAAAAGUUCUCAAGUUUUCACUGCUCUAAAGGAACGUGGCACACCUUCUCAUCACCAAUCUUGA